CGCCGUCAGCGGCCGGAAGCGCCGCUGGCAGCAGUAAACAACGGCGUCGGGAGCCGCGGCCGCCGCUUCCAUCUUGGAGGAGCCCGAGCCCGAGCCCACCGGGGACCAUGGGCAGCGUCCUGGGCCUCUGCUCCAUGGCGAGCUGGAUACCAUGCUUGUGUGGAAGUGCCCCGUGCCUGCUGUGCCGAUGCUGCCCCAGCGGAAACAACUCCACCAUAACUCGGCUGAUUUAUGCCUUCUUUCUACUUCUUGGCGUCAGCGUUGCCUGUGUGAUGCUAAUCCCAGGCAUGGAAGAGCAGCUGAAGAAGAUUCCUGGAUUUUGUGACGGAGGGUUGGGAACAAGUAUUCCUGGUGUGCAGGGCCACGUGAACUGUGAUGUGCUGGUUGGCUACAAGGCUGUGUACCGCGUGUGCUUUGGCAUGGCCAUGUUCUUCCUGCUCUUCUCCUUGCUGAUGAUCAAAGUGAAGAGCAGCAAUGACCCCAGAGCAGCGGUGCACAAUGGAUUCUGGUUCUUUAAAUUUGCGACGGCGCUUGCAAUUAGUGUUGGAGCUUUCUUCAUCCCAGAGGGACCAUUUACAACUGUGUGGUUCUAUGUAGGUAUGGCUGGAGCAUUCUGCUUUAUUCUUAUUCAGCUGGUCUUGCUUAUUGACUUUGCCCAUUCCUGGAAUGAAUCUUGGGUUGAAAAAAUGGAGGAAGGAAACUCAAGAUGCUGGUAUGCAGCUCUCCUCUCAGCUACAGCUGUCAACUAUCUGCUGUCUCUGGUAGCUAUUGUCUUGUUUUAUGUUUAUUACACUCAUCCAGAAGGUUGUUCUGAAAACAAGACAUUCAUCAGUGUUAAUAUGCUCCUGUGCAUUGGUGCUUCUGUAAUGUCAAUUCUGCCAAGGAUUCAGGAAUCUCAGCCAAGAUCUGGUUUGCUGCAGUCUUCGGUGAUCACAAUUUACACAAUGUAUUUGACUUGGUCAGCCAUGACCAAUGAGCCAGACAGGCGCUGUAACCCCAGUCUGCUGAGCAUCAUUGGUUACAACAGCACCACCAUUCCAACCCAAGGUCAGGUAGUGCAGUGGUGGGACGCGCAAGGGAUUGUAGGACUGGUUUUGUUUCUGCUGUGUGUUCUCUAUUCAAGCAUCCGGACAUCCAACAACAGCCAAGUUAACAAGCUGAUGCUGACCAGCGAUGAGUCAACGCUGAUAGAGGAUGGAAUGCCCAGGAGUGAUGGCUCCCUUGAUGAUGGAGAUGAUGUUCAUCGAGCUAUAGAUAAUGAGAGGGAUGGAGUUACUUACAGUUACUCCUUCUUCCACUUCAUGCUUUUCCUGGCAUCACUGUAUAUCAUGAUGACACUUACCAACUGGUACAGCCCGGAUUCUUCCUACGAGACAAUGACCAGCAAGUGGCCGUCGGUGUGGGUGAAGAUCUCUUCCAGCUGGAUUGGCAUCGUGCUGUACGUGUGGACUCUGGUGGCUCCGCUGGUUCUCACCAACCGCGACUUUGACUGAGCUGUGUUGCUCUGGAGGAGGCUGUGCUAGCGCCACGCGUCCCUGAAACAAACAGUAUUCCAGCUAGCAGUGCGGGUGUAAAUACAUGUGUGUGUGCUGUCCAGGUAGUGUUCCCUGCUUUGUCCUGCAUGAUUGCCUUGAAUCAUGUCUUGUCAUUUCAGCAAAUGACUUUUUCUAGCUGAGCUCAGUGGUAAUUGCUGUAACGAUGGUUUUCAGAGGAUUACUCCUCCUUUGAGUGCUUUGGGAGCACCAGAUGUAAGAUCAAGAGCUUUGGGAAGUAUGUUUUCUUCCCCUCAAUUGCAUUAAAUGGUUGUAGGAAAAGAAGUGCAAGCGUUAAUUAGGGUAAUUAAACAGUGCUUGGUCAGGCUUUACAAGUGAAGAGGGUCUGCCUUUGAUGAUCCCUGUUGCCUUGAUUCCAAAGUAAGCCUUGAGUGAGUGUUGUUAGACUCAAAGGAGCACUGUGGGUUCACUGGGUGUCUUGCAGCACUUAGACACUACCAGCCUGACUUUUCCCGUGCCGAGGGCGGCAGUACCUUCAGCACAGAUGUGAGG